AUGGAACAAUAUGGGAUAAGGCGUUUAUCAAAUCGCCUUUUUAGAGGCUCUUUAAGAUUAUUCAGCAAAUCUCAAUGGGUUCAGACAUCAUCUUCGCCUAACCCCAAAAUUUUGGAGAUAAUUAAUCAAAUAAGUGCAUUAACAUUGAAGGAAACGGCAGAUCUUGUAUCGCAGUUAAAGAUUCAUUUAAAUAUUCAAGAUAUUAGACCUAUUGUUACAUCCGCAGUAGCACCAGAAUCCGGAGCAGUACCUGAGGAAGAAAAAAAACAAAUAAAGGAGAAGCUUUUUUUUAAUGUGAAGCUUGAAUCAUAUGAUGCGACAGCCAAAGCAAAAGUAAUUAAAGAAGUUAAGUCAAUGUUAGGGUUGAAUUUAGUGGAAGCGAAAAAAUUCGUGGAGAGUAGUCCUAAAAUACUUAAAGAAGCAGUAAAUAAAGAGGAUGCUGAAAAGAUUAAGAAAACACUUGAGGAUUUAGGUGCAAAAAUAUCUUUAAAUUGA